GAAGUUGAAGCAAACAAGAUAUUGAAGCAAACAAUUUUUGUAACAAGAUGUCCCAUUUUGCACUUAAAUAGUACCUACAAUGGCAGAUGAAUAUGCAAAAGUAGCUCGAGGAAAACUCAAGUUGAAAUGUGACAGUGAAAUAUCCAAAAAGAAGAAGAAAAAGAAGAAUAAAGAAAAGGAACGUGAAAUGAUUGCAAACACAGAUAAAUCGACAAUUGAAAUUGUUCAGGCUCAAGAUGUUAGUACCGAGAGAAAACUUACUAAGGCGGAAAUAUCGUUUAAAAAAAUGCAAGAUAAAAUGCAAAAGAAAAGAAUCCUUGAAAAAGCAUCAACAACACAUAAACAACAAGUAGAAAAGUUCAACGAAAAACUCGACAACCUAACAGAACACUUUGACAUACCGAAAGUCAGUUGGACGAAAUAAUUUUAUUCGAAUCAUUGUAAAAAUUUCUUUUUUCUAUAUUUAAAAAUAAAAAUAUAAUUUUAAAACACUUCAAUGUCUGCAUUCUUCAUGCAAUGGUUCAAGAGAUCUGAAAUCUCGAUAGGUAGGAGGAAGAUUGUUCAACAAGAAACGUUGACAUCUCUUGCAAGGUUCCGAGAAAAUAUUUGAGUAACUAGCAAGCCAGGUAAUGAAGCUUCUGGUGGCAAGUUCAGCAAAUGUUGGUGAAUAAAAAUGAAGCAUCGCACAAUGAGCGUGAUCUUGAAUUUUUCUGAAGACUGCAUAACGAGAUUCAAUCCAGUGAUCAUCAACACUGUCAAGAGGCUCAUUGAAUCCUUUAACUGUAACCAAUUCUAUUACUAAACCACGUAAGAUUAUAGCAGC